AUGGACACUCUUUUGAUGCACAUGACUACGCCCAAUUUGCAGAUUCAGCCUCUAACGGGUAGUGCAACUUUGACUUACUGGGAAAUUGUCCCGGGUGCAAUGGCCCCCUACCAGGCCACUCCAGAGGCUGCUGGGCUAUAUCCUUAUGCAUUAGAAUUGAUAGCAGUAAGUCAAAACCAGACGAGAGUUAUUAACACUGGGAUAGGAAUCCAGAUUCCCCCAGGACACUUUGGCCUGAUAGCUGAUCGCUCAAACUUAGCCCUGAAGGGUGUUCAUGUCAUGGGAGGAGUGAUUGAUGAAGACUAUCAAGGAGAAAUUAAGGUCAUCUUGUUAAAUAAUU